UGUAGAAGAAAUGGCCAGUUCUCAGGGACUGGUGACAUUCGAGGACGUGGCCAUAGAAUUCUCCCAGGAGGAGUGGCGAUGCCUGAGCCACACGCAGCGGGAACUGUACAGGGAUGUGAUGCUGGAGAACUACGGACACCUCCUGUUCUUGGGUCUCAUUGUGUCAAAGCCUGAUUUAGUCUCCCUUUUGGAGCAGAGGAAGGAGCCAUGGGAUGUGAAGAGGAAGAAGACAGUAGUCUUUGAUCCAGGUAGGUGGGAAUGAAUGAAGCCGAUGACAGA